AUGCCGAAAGCGAAGAAGAAUACCCUCGGUCUGGGGAACACCCUCAUGAAUGACCGUUUCGGCAAAGGAAACGGCCAGGACCGGAAGAGGGGUUCCGCCAUCACGCGUAUCAACCAUGCGACUGGAGAGGAGUACGUCACGAAUGAGAAGAAGGAGGCGUCAUGGGUCAAGAUGCGAUCCGUCACUGAGCAGGGCGCUCUCGACGAGUUUCUGGCGACGGCUGAGCUCGCCGGAACUGACUUCACUGCUGAGAAGACAAGCAACAUCAAGAUCAUCCACACUGACCAGAAGAACCCUUACCUCCUUUCUGGCGCCGAGGAGCGCGACGUCUUGGGCAAGCAGCGGGCUCACAAGGGCAAGUUGACGGUGCCGAGGAGACCGAAGUGGGACGAGUCCACGACACCCGAGCAGCUCGAUACCCUCGAGCGCGAGAGCUUCUUGGACUGGCGCCGGGGCCUUGCUGAGCUCCAAGAGAACAACGACUUGCUUAUGACUCCGUUUGAGCGAAAUCUCGAGGUGUGGAGGCAACUGUGGCGUGUCAUUGAGAGGUCCGAUCUCAUCGUGCAGAUUGUCGAUGCUCGUAACCCUCUCCUCUUCCGAUCCGACGAUCUUGACAGCUACGUCAAGGCUGUCGAUAAGAGGAAGGAGAACCUGCUGCUCAUCAACAAGGCCGACAUGAUGACUGUGAAGCAACGCAAGAUCUGGGCGAAAUACCUGAAGGAGACUGGUAUUGCCUACAAGUUCUUCUCAGCCUUUUUGGCGAAGGAGGCUCUCGAGGCAGAGGAGGCAGAGGCCGAGGCUGAGUCGCAGGACGCAAGCUCCAAAGCCCCGCAACGGGAGGCAAGCGAGCAGCAGGACGAGUCUGAGGAGUCGAGCGAGGAGGAAGAGGAGGCUGGAGAAGAGGCAGACGUCGAAGUUGACGAUGAGGAUAUCAGGAUAUUGACGGUUGAGGAGUUGGAGGACAUCUUCUUGAGCCACGCGCCGAAAGAUGCCGCACCGGAUCACAAGCUCUCGGUCGGUCUCGUCGGCUACCCGAACGUCGGAAAGUCAUCCACCAUCAACGCCCUCAUCGGAGCCAAGAAGGUGUCUGUUUCCUCAACACCCGGAAAGACUAAGCAUUUCCAGACCAUCCACCUCAGCGAGAAGGUUAUUCUCUGCGAUUGCCCAGGUCUCGUGUUCCCCAACUUCGCCAACACCAAGGCCGAUCUUGUUUGCAACGGUGUCCUUCCCAUCGACCAGUUGAGGGAGUUCACCGGCCCCGCUGGCCUCGUCGCCCUCAGGAUACCCAAGCACUUCCUCGAGGCCGUGUAUGGCAUCACCAUCAGGACCCGGGCGCUCGAAGAGGGUGGUACCGGCAAGCCCACUGCCUCAGAGCUUUUGAGGGCGUACGCUAGGGCGCGUGGAUACCAGACGCAGGGUCUUGGACAGCCCGACGAGUCCAGAGCUGCACGAUACAUCCUCAAGGAUUACGUUGCAGGCAAGCUCCUGUUCUGCCAGCCUCCCCCGAACACGGUCGACGCCAAGGAGUUCAACUCCGAGCUCUACGACGACGAGCACCUGCCCGAGCACCGCCGCGGCCAUCUCGUUCCUGUGAUGGAGGACCUGAGCAUUGCGGGAGACGACGAAUCAACCAUGGCCUCUGAGUUUGUAGCGUUGCCUGCGGGUCCCAAGUCGAAGCAAAUCGAUAGCGGCUUCUUCGGCCCUGGCAGCAGUAGCUCAGGUCAUCUCAAGAUGCCUUUCAGCCACCAGUACUCUCAACAAGGCAAAGCAGGACCCAAGACCCUGAGCGGCAGGAAAGCCAGAGCGAUUGUCGCGCUGGAGAAUGGGCUGGACCCGAAGGACGUGCAGAUCAUGUCGAGCAAAAAGCACUUCAAGGGUGGCCCGAAGAACGGAAAGGCGAAGAAGCGUGCGGUCGACCUGGAUGAUGAUUGA